AUGAACAUGUACCAGUCAGAAGCUGGAGGUUCUCAAGGAGAAAAUGGAGAAAAUGAAGACAAAGAGGUGGUCUCAGAGAUCAUGGCAAGAUGUUUUUUUCCAUCUCUGAUAACAACCACUUCCUGGGAAGGUUUUCAUUUUGCUGGACAUGAGAUAAGAAUUACAGAAGCCACUGAUUGCUAUGGUGCUGUUGUCUGGCCAUCGGCUCUUGUUCUCUGUCACUUUCUGGAAACAAAUUCAAAGCAGUAUAAUCUGGCUGACAAAAAUGUAAUUGAAAUUGGGGCUGGGACAGGACUAGUCUCAAUAGUGGCAAGUUUACUUGGUGCUCGAGUGAUUGCCACAGACCUGCCCAAUUUACUUGGAAACCUUCAGUAUAAUGUUUCCCGAAACACCAAAAUGAAAUGCAAGCAUCAGCCUCAGGUGAAGGAGUUAUCUUGGGGGAUAGCCUUAGAGAAGAAUUUCCCCAGGUCUUCAAACCAUUUUGACUAUGUCCUAGCCACAGAUGUUGUGUAUGCCCACCCCUUCCUGGAUGAGCUUCUUACCACUUUUGACCACCUGUGUCAAGACACUACCAUUAUCCUCUGGGUCAUGAAAUUUAGGUUAAAUAAGGAAAAUAAAUUUGUGGAUAGGUUUCAGGAGUUGUUUGACCUGGAGGAAAUUUCUAAUUUCCCUAGUUUGAACAUCAAGUUGUAUAAAGCUAUGAAGAAAAAUAGUAGGGGAGCAUGA